GUUUUUAUUAAGGAUUUUCUUAAAAAGAAAUUAAAGAGAAAGAAAUCCAAGGGCUUGAUGAACUCCCUCCUGGAAUGCUUAAAGAUUGUGCGCAACAUUUAAUUGUUCCGUUACAUCACAUUAUUAACCAGUCUUUACGCUCCAGUACAGUUCCGAACGCAUGGAAACAAGCAAAAAUCGUCCCACUUUUUAAAUCAGGAGACACAAACAAACCUGAAAAUUAUCGUCCAAUUUCAGUGUUGCCAAUACUCUCUAAAUUAUUGGAAAAAGCAGUACACACACAAUUAAUGGAAUUUUUAGAAAAUGAGAAAUUACUAAAUGACUCCCAAUUUGGCUAUAGAGCUAAACGUUCAACACAUCUUGCAGCAACACUACUUGUUGACGAAGUAAGACAAGCUGCCGAGAACGGAAAGUUAGUUGGAGCGCUGUUCCUGGAUUUAAGUAAAGCGUUCGAUACGAUCAGUCACGAUGUAGUCUUAAGAAAACUUUCAUCAUACGGUGUUGACAAUGUAGAAUUGUUGUGGUUUACAGAUUAUCUUUUUAACCGAUCACAAGUUGUUGAAGUUGGCAAUCGAACAUCAGCAAGUUUUAAUGUUGUAAGUGGAGUGCCGCAAGGAUCGAUACUCGGUCCUAUACUAUUUUUGAUAUUUUUUAGUGGUUUAAAACAUGUUGUUGUUCACCAACGUUGGAUACUUGUUUGUUUGUUUUUGAUGCCACUUAGUGUGUUGUUUGAGGCAUGGUUGAAGAUUAGAAAUUGGAUCGUAUUUAAGAUAUCAAGUGCACCUCAACUUCAUGAGGCCAGAGUUGAAAAAAUUCAGGCGGAUAUUGAAAAAUGGAACAAGGAAGGGUGUAAAACAAAAAUGUGUACUGCAAGACCUGGUUGGCAGACUGUUUCGUUACGUGUAGGCAAAUACAAAGCCACUCACAAAAGGGUCAAUAUCAACCUCAUGGAUGUCUUGGCGAUCGAUGAAAACAGAAAGGUUGUUCGGGUUGAGCCACUUGCUACCAUGGGACAAAUCUCCAACACCCUAAUUCCUUUAGGAUGGACAUUACCUGUUGUACCAGAACUUGAUGCCCUUACCGUAGGUGGUCUAAUCAUGGGGUGCGGUAUUGAAACUUCAUCUUUUAAAUAUGGAUUGUUUCAACAUAUCUGCGUGUCUUAUGACGUCAUUGUGUCGGAUGGAAGUUUAAUUCACUGUUCAAAGGGAGAAAACACAGAUCUGUUUUACCACAUCCCCUGGUCUCAUGGUACUCUGGGUUUCCUCGUGGCAGCCGAAAUAAGGAUAAUACCAGCAAAGAAGUAUGUUAAACUUAACUAUCGACCAAUCAAAUCGUUAGAAGAUGCUACUUUCAGCCUGAAAGAAGCUGUUAAAGACGAGAAAUUGGAUUUUGUGGAAUGUUUGUCAUAUUCGCUUAACGAACAUGUUCUUAUGACUGGCCGUCUGACUGAUAAUUUUGAAGAUAGUAAGAUCAACAACAUCGGAUUGUUUUGGAAGCCCUGGUUUUUUAAACAUGUAGAAAUGUUUUCAAAACAAGAUAGACAAGACACUGAAUAUAUUCCGUUACGAGAUUACUAUCACAGACAUACCAGAGGUAUCUUCUGGGAGAUACAGGACAUCAUACCAUUCGGAAACUACGCGUUAUUUCGCUAUCUGUUUGGAUGGGCGAUGCCUCCUCAGAUCUCUCUUUUAAAGUUGACCAGUCCUCAAUUUUUGUUGGAGAUGUACGAACUCGAACACGUGGUACAGGACAUGCUGUUACCUAUCAAUUGUCUUCCAGAUGCGAUUCACUUCUUUGAACAGCAUUUGAAAAUAUAUCCCCUAUGGUUAUGUCCGUUCCGACUUUUUAAUGCGCCUGGAAUUGUUCACCUGCAUGAUGACGUAGAUGACAUGUACAUAGAUAUCGGUGCGUAUGGUACACCGAAACAAAAAUCAUUUAACGGUCCAGAUACUAUAAAGCAAAUGGAAAGUUUUGUUUUGCAGAAGAAUGGGUAUCAAAUGUUGUACGCCGAUAGUUACCUCUCCCUGGAUGACUUUCGAAAGAUGUUUGAUCACACAACAUACGAUGUCCUGAGGAACACAUAUAAUGCUGACGCAGCGUUUCCAACGAUUUAUGAAAAAGUGUGCCGAACUUCAAGGAGAUAAUGCGAACAAUUGAAAUCUAAGUUUUUGUGAUUUUUGUGAUGAGUUUUUGAGUUGGAAUGUGAAGAACUAAGAUUCAAAUCUGAGACUGAAAUACAGAUUGUUUUUCUUUAGAAGAACACUAAUUGCUGAAAGCAUUCUUAAGGUAUAAAAUAGGUCAAGUUAAACACCCCGGCUAAACCCAAAAAGUGUGUUUUCGUAUAUAUAUGUUAGUAAUUUGUUUUUCUUCUGUGUUGUGUAUUCGUGGUUUAUUUUUUUAUAUUAGAUUAUUUAACACGACUUGUUAUUUUCAUAAGGCUCUUUUUUUUAAACCUCCUUUUGUAUAUUUUUAUAAACUACUUUGUGAAAUUUCUUCAAAAGAAAAAGGUGCUUCGAAUUAC